AUGGCUUAUGCAUAUCUUUGCGAAAAUCGUUGUAAAAAUCGUGAUGACCAACCAAUUUGUUUUUAUCGUUCAACAAUUGGAAAUUGCAGUGCUCCGACAGAUGUCACAUGUCUAAAUAGUGCACAAUGCAUUAAAGGAGGUCGAUGCGAUGGUUCACUAGAUUGUCCGUAUGGUGAAGAUGAAUUUUGGUGUCCUAGAACCACUGGCAAUUUUGAAAAGUCUUACUAUCGACAAAUAAAACAUCGUAACGAUGUAGAUAGAACUUUUGAUCUUCAUAUUCCAUCCUAUCCACAAUCGCAUCGUUUAUCAGUCGAUUUUCAACGUUUACAAACAACUAUUCGAACCAAGAAAUUUGGUCGAACAGUUCUACAAUAUGAAUCCAUAUUGCGCGAUAGUUUUUGGUGCAAUCGAGGUGUUGCUGUCCAUGUCAAUGAUGCUAUCGAAUGUUUUUGUCCACCGACGUACUAUGGAAAGCGAUGUGAAUAUUUUAGUGAUCGAAUCACCGUUGUAACACAUCUCGAUCUUUCACAUUUUCAAUUUGACAUUGCUAUGAACAAUGACACAAAUGUGUUCAUCAAAAUCUUAGUUACUCUUCGUCACGAAUACAACAUUCUUGACUGGCAUGAAUUUCAUGUACAAUCACUAAUUGAAAUAAAUGAAUCUGUCAAACAUAAGUUUCACCUAUUGUAUAGUCGUAGUCCAUUACAUUUAAAAAUAAAACAAGAACGACAAACAUCUCGACAAAAAAUUUUCCAUGAACAUCCAUAUUCGAUUCGUUUUGAAGCAUUUGAAUUACAAACAAAUCAAACAAUUGUCGAAUUGAGAGCUUGGCAUUAUCCGAUCUAUUUUGAUUUCUUACCAUCGUUUCGCUUUGCCACUAUUCUACGAUUUCCAAGCGAUUAUAAUAAUGUUUCCAUUGAUUCAUGUCGCAGACAUCGUUGUCAACGUAAUUCAAUCUGA